AAGAUUGGUGGUGGUGGCUUUGGGGAGAUUUAUGAAGCAAUGGAUCUUUUAACUCGGGAGAAUGUAGCUCUGAAGGUUGAAUCAGCUCAGCAGCCAAAGCAAGUCCUCAAGAUGGAGGUAGCUGUCCUAAAAAAACUACAAGGGAAAGAUCAUGUUUGCAGAUUUAUUGGCUGUGGAAGGAAUGAGAAGUUUAACUAUGUUGUUAUGCAACUUCAGGGCCGGAAUCUUGCAGACCUCAGAAGAAGCCAGCCUCGAGGAACUUUUACACUGAGCACAACUCUUCGAUUAGGCAAGCAGAUCUUAGAAUCCAUAGAAGCCAUUCACUCAGUGGGAUUCUUGCAUCGAGACAUCAAGCCUUCUAACUUUGCCAUGGGACGCCUGCCUUCAACCUACAGGAAAUGUUAUAUGUUAGACUUUGGUCUUGCCCGGCAGUAUACCAAUACUAACGGUGAAGUCCGACCUCCUCGUAAUGUUGCUGGUUUCCGGGGAACAGUCCGGUAUGCUUCAGUGAAUGCACAUAAAAAUAGAGAAAUGGGUCGACAUGAUGACCUGUGGUCCCUUUUUUACAUGCUGGUGGAGUUUGCAGUUGGUCAACUUCCAUGGCGCAAGAUUAAAGAUAAGGAGCAAGUUGGUAUGAUUAAAGAAAAAUAUGAACAUCGAAUGCUGCUAAAACAUAUGCCUUCUGAGUUCCACCUUUUUCUGGAUCACAUUGCAAAUCUGGAUUAUUUCACUAAACCAGAUUAUCAGCUGAUCAUGACUGUGUUUGAAAAUAGCAUGAAGGAAAGAGGAAUUACUGAGAAUGAGGCCUUUGACUGGGAGAAAGCUGGUACAGAUAUUUUAUUAUCUACAAGUACAUCCACUCCACCUCAGCAGAACACAAGGCAGACUGCAGCCAUGUUUGGUGUGGUUAAUAUCACUCCAGUUCCUGGAGAUUUACUUCGUGAGAACACAGAGGAUGUUUUGCAAGGAGAACACCUGAGUGACCAAGAGAAUGCACCCCCAAUUUUAUCUGGCCGGCCAACAGAGAAUAACUUAGGGCAGGCUCCAAAUGUUCCCUUCAAUGAAGGAGAAGUUUGGGAAGAGACAGAUGUAAAUCGCAACAAACUCAGGAUCAGCAUCAGCAAAACGCAGUGUUUAGCAGAAGAAGAUCAGAAAAGUGGUGUGUGUCCCAUCUCCCCAGUGAGAGCAGCACCAGACUCCCCUACAACCCAGGGGCGCUCUCUGAGAUACCGUCGUGUGAACAGUCCUGAGUCGGAACACCUCUCCACUGCUGAUGGAAAAGUCGAUCAGCAUGAGCGAAGAUCCCGAGUGGAUUUGCCUUGCUCUCCUUCCCGGCUUGUAUGCUCUUCCCAGCCAGCACAGAUGCUGUCUAUUGAGACUGGUCAGGUAGACCGACAGGCAAGUGGCAGGAUGGAUGUAUCUGCUUCUGUGGAGCAUGAAGCUCUCAGUAAUGCUUUCCGAUCAGUGCCCCUGGCUGAGGAGGAGGACUUUGACAGCAAAGAGUGGGUUAUAAUUGAUAAAGAGACAGAACUGAAGGACUUCCAUCCUGGCGCUGAACCAAGCACAUCUGGAACAACAGAUGAGGAACCUGAGGAACUAAAGCCCAUUGAAGAAGGGGACGAAAGGAGGCAAUUGGGUGCAGAAGCAGCAGUCAGGCCCAAAAUACAUGAUGGGCGAACCCGAGGUAUGCAGCCUGUGGCCGAGGAGGACAGUUCCCACAGAAAUGAAGUGCAAUGCCAGACAGUAUCUGAGAGUAAACAUGAACAGCAACCAGGAAGCCCAUCACAGUCCCCCUUAUAUUCAGCACCAGCUAUCCGACAGCGGAGACGAGAAUCUGAGCCCAUUGGUCCUGAGAGACAGGCAUUCUCAACACUCUCUCCCGAGGUAUUCACACUGAAACCUUUUGAAAUGAAUGGUCUCCCCAAGGUGGUGCCUUUAAAUUUGCCUUACCAGGAUUUCAAAAGGGAUGUAUCAGAAAAUAGGGAAAGAUCCAAAAUUCUCCAACGGAUAAAAAAAGUGGAUUUCUCAAAUAUUGUCUUAACUGCCCCUUGUAAACCACCUAUAGCUCAUCUUCAAGUGGCAAAUGGCAGAUACAAAGACAAGAAGGAGGAAGAAGAAGAAGAGGAGGAGGAAGAGGAGGAGGAGGAGGAGGAGGAGGAACUUGGUGAAUUAGGGGAAGAACUUGAUAUGCAGAGUGAUUCAAGCAGUGAAGUGAGUCAGAAAAGUACUGAGCAUAGUCAGGAAGGUGCUCCAUCCACUCUUUUGGCAGAUGACCAGAAGGAAUCCAGGGGCCGAGCAUCAGCUGCAGAAGGAGACUUGGAACUUGAGGAAGGCUCAAAAACAUUAGUUCUCUUUUCACCAGGUGACCUAAAAAAGUCUCCUGUGAAUACAGACUUGGCUCCUGAUAUUGAUCUUGGAACUCUUGCUGCAUUGACUCCUCAAAGUGAGAAACCUCAGCCUAUGGGAAGCCAGCUUGAUGUAUCUGAGCCAGGAACAUUGUCUUCCAUCCUCAAGUCUGAACCAAAGCCUCCUAUGUCUGUGGCCACAACCUCCUCCCCUUUUACCAAAGUUGAGCGCACAUUUGUCCAUAUUGCCGAAAAGACACAUCUAAACAUCAUGUCUUCCAGUGGUCAACUUAUGAGGCAUGAGGAAUACUCUACUCCAGGGCAGUUUGAAGAGAUAAUCAUUGAAGAAGAAUUAGAGGAAAAUCAGGUGCUGGUAGAAAAUGGGAGUGUGAAUUCAGCCUUGGAAGGGGGAGAGAUGGAAAGUUGUGCUUUCUCAGUAAAUCAUAUUGAAACCACCUCUGAAACUGCAGCGGAACCGGUACUCCUGAAUGGUGUUAAAAUGGGAGAAGAAGAGGAGCUAGAACUUAAGGGCAAACUUAUUCCUGUGUCAGAUGUGGAAGAAGAUAGUAAGUUGAUUUUGGAAGAAUCUGGCCUUGAAAACAAAACCCUUGCAAAUGAAUCCCUUAAACAAGCAGAGUUGCUUCCACAUAUUCUAGCAGAAACUUUCAAAAAGCCACUGAAUAUAAGGUAUAGAAGCCGUAUUCCUGUCUUGCUCUCUGAGGAGGACACUGGCUCAGACGUGUCAGCCUCACACUCUGGCAAAGAGAGGCUAUACAAGAGACUGAAGCAACAGGAUUUGGCCCGCCUGGUGAUGGAGAAAAGGCAAAGCCAUUUGUUCAGGUUAGCUUCUGGAGCUUCAUCUUCUGCUUCCUCUAGUGAUGAGAGGCAGCGGGCUUCAGAAACCUUGUCAGCCACUGGUUCUGAGGAGGAUACUCAUGACUCAGAUGAUUUCACCCCAAGGAAGAUUGGAAAUCAGGAGAGAAUUUCCCUGGUUAAGAUGGAGGAGAAAAGCUUAAAUACAAGGAGCAGAAUCCCUCGCCCCAUUGUACCUGUAAAGCCACCUGUGAUAGAACUGAAAUAUGGGAGCCCUUCAACCCUUCCACCAGCAGCAUCAAGUAGCAGCAUGGGUGAUGCAGCUGGAUUGAACAGGAUUCAGGGGCAAAGACCAUGUGGGAAUAUAUCUGGUGAUCCCCGGAUGAAAGCAACCACAACUGCUACACCUUCCUUGAAGAGCAGCCCAAGGAAAACCACCCAUCCUCCAGCUAGAAGUCCUGUUCUCCCUCCACGAAACCUUAGUGCUUCCCCCAAAAAUCAGUCCCUGUCCAGAAAGGAAAGUCCAUCGCCAUCUCGACCACAUAGGCCUGGGACCACAUUUCCUCUGUGGGCUCAGUCUUCUCCUAAAGCUCCACCCAGGGCUCAGGCUAUAGGCCUAUUGGGAGAUACUCCUGUGUCACCAGGUGUGUUCAGAAAAGGACUAAAAGGGAAAACCCAUACUCCAGGAACCAAAGGAAGGCAGAUAUCCCAAGAAGGCAAGUCUACUGCUAGAUAAUGAUCUGCUGCUGCCAGUCCAUUAGACCUACCGACCUACCAUCUUGCCAGGCUGGAAAAACCUCUGCGUUUAAUAUACACUCAAAAUGCCGCAGCACAGCCUUAUAUGUCGGAAAUAUAUGCAUAUAGCAGCUAGCUGUACUUCAGUGCUUCACUUGCCCACAUGCCCAUGCUGUCUCAGUCCAGCUCUCUACCUGGCUGAGAGCCUCCUGGCCAGCUCAUGCUUCCUUUUGCCAGUCACCAAGCAACAACUCAGGCAGCCUGCCUAGUGCCUGAUAUUCUUUCCUCCAUGCUUUCUUUUAAUUUCUCAGUUAGCAAUACCACAGAAUCCUGAGAGAUUGCUAGGAGAGAUGGCUUUUUAGAGCAUA